AUGGCCUGGGGGAACCAGACCUUCAGCACUGUCUUCGUCCUGCUGGGCAUCUUUGAUCACAGCCCCACCCACACCUUCCUCUUCGCUGUGGUCCUGGGCAUCUUCACGGUGGCCUUCAUGGGCAACUCUGUCAUGGUUUUACUCAUCUACCUGGACACCCAGCUCCACACACCCAUGUAUUUUCUCCUCAGCCAGCUCUCCCUCAUGGAUCUCAUGCUCAUCUGCACCACUGUCCCCAAGAUGGCCUUCAACUACUUGUCUGGCAGGAACACCAUCUCUGUGGCAGGCUGUGGGACCCAGAUAUUCUUCUAUGUGUCCCUGAUGGGAGCAGAGUGCUUCCUGUUGGCCGCAAUGGCCUAUGACCGCUAUGUGGCCAUUUGCCAUCCAUUAAGAUACCCAGUUCUCAUGAGCCAGAAGGUCUGUGGCCUCAUGGCUGCUUCCUCCUGGGUCCUCGGCUCCCUUGAUGGUAUAAUUGAAACUGCAGUUGCUUUGUCCUUUCCAUACUGUGGUUCCCGGGAAAUACCCCACUUUCUCUGUGAUGUGCCUGCCCUGCUCACCCUGGCCUGCACGGACACCUUGACAUUUGAAAGGAUGAUAUUUAUCUGCUGUAUCAUUAUGCUUCUGUUCCCUGUCACCAUCAUCAUUGCCUCCUAUGCUCGCGUGAUUCUGGCUAUCAUUCGCAUGGGGUCUGGGGAGGGGCGCCGCAAAGCUUUCGCCACCUGCUCCUCCCACCUCAUGGUGGUGGGCAUGUACUACGGAGCAGCCAUGUUCAUCUACAUGCGACCCACUUCUAACCGGUCCCCCAUGCGGGACAAGAUUGUGUCGGUCUUCUACACCAUCCUCACCCCCAUGCUCAACCCCCUCAUCUACAGCCUGAGGAACAGGGAGGUGUCCAGGGCAUUCAUGAAGGUACUUGGUGUAAGCUUGGGACAUGGUUAG